AUGGCACCUCCCCAAACUCGCCCUGUAGACGACGAACCAGAUCAAUUGAUGGAUGGGUCCAAGCUCCUCGAGUUCAGGUCCCCGUCCGGCACUUUCGAGUACUCCAUCAGGACGCUCCCUGUCCCCGUCAAAGCCCAGAUGCUCGACGACGAGAGUGACGAGGACCUCCCUCCCCCGAUGCUUGAUAUUGACCACGGUGACGCCCUUGAUGGGCCGAGCGACAUCGUCAGUGCUCCGCAGCAUCAGAGAUUUACCGAUCCUCACCCAUUGAGUGAUCUGCUCGUCAAGGACCAUUGUGCGCACCCCGACGAUGAUGCGUGCAUCAGAUUCAUCUCGUUCAACGGCGACCUCCGCGACGCUGCCGACAGUGAUUUCGCAUGGCUUAACCAGAUGCCCCUGGCUGCAGUCGAUGAGAAGACUCGGCAGACUUGGAACCUGGGGGGUGACUGGAGCGAGCAAAUGCGGGAAGCCUCAUUCAACAACAAGACCCUCAAGGAGAAGCUUAGUCCUAUCAUCACCGCCGUUCGGAUCACCAACGCGCAGAUGUACCGACUGCGCAACGCCUGUCUGACUUUCAACAAGGACGCGCAGCCAGCGUUUAGCUCAGAAGACUUCUCCACCGACAAUGUGAACCUCGUCUUCGAAGCAGUGGCAGCUGAGAUUAAGGUGCAUCGGUACGAGGAGUCGGAUUCGCCUUCUGAGGCCGAAGCCGAGAAGGCGAAUGGCAACUUACAGGCUGCGAUUCGCCGAUUAGACGCGUACAUCGAGGCCCACAGCGACGACGAGAUAAAGAUGUACAAGGAGAAGGCGUUCCAGGUAUGA